AUGGCGACGACACGGGUGGUUACGUAUUCUUUUCACUCCUUUACAUUUCCGGAAAUAGGCCCUGAGCUGACACCAACGAAGAAGAGACCUCAAACAUGGCGACUCCCAUGCAUAGAAUAAUAGCGAGAAGACAAGCGGAGGCAAACAAACAAAAUGUGCGUUGUCAGAAGUGCUUGGAGAUGGGACACUGGACUUACGAGUGCACUGGGAAACGGAAAUAUUUGCACCGACCGUCAAGAACAACCGAAAUGAAAAAGAAGCUGAAGGAGAUAGAAAACAAACCUCUCAGCAUCACAGGACCUGGAGGAGAAGGUUCCAGUGAAAAGAAAACAAAAAAGAAGGCAAAAGACUCCAGCGACGACAGCAGCAAUGCCGACGGCUCCUCCAGCGACUCGUCAGACAGCAGCGACUCCUCCAGCUCAUCUUCAGACGAUAGCAGCAGCGACAGCGACGACAGCUCAUCCUCAUCUUCCUCCUCCACCUCUUCGUCAUCAAACAGCUCAGACUCGGGAAGCAGCAGCGAUUCAGAUCAAGGGCCUCCAAAGAAGAAGAGAAAGAAGAAAUGAGCAUGCUGGGAAGAGUUGGCUUUCUGUUUGCAUCUUAUUUUUCUGCGUUAUUUUCCCCAAAAAGUCCUCAAGUGUUUUAUUUUUUUCAGCUGGUUUAUAAGGUUUGAUUUAGUUGGACAAGGAUGGCAGAUGAACAAGAGGCUGGUUUAAGCUGUGUUGUUCUGUUUUUCUAACUUCUUGUCUCUGUUUUGUUGACUGUGGCAUUUUCUCAAGUUUCUUAAAGUAUUUGCAAUUAAAGAGGAAACUUUUAAAAAACAAAUAGAACCAAUGCAAUUGUUUGAAUACUUUAAUGUAUAUUUAAGCUAAUCCAUAUAAUCACAAAUGUAUGUAACAGCUGGUAAAGAAAGGGGAAAUAUUGUUCCUGUAAAGUUUGUUCCUGUAAAGUUAUUUCAUUUUAAAUAAACUAAUUUGUACAUAU